AUGUUGGAGGGGAGCGUUGGGCCUGGCGUGAGUGGGUUUAUGUGCUGUCUGGUGUGUUGGGGACUCCUGUCUGCACCUGGAGUGCCUGCACCUGGAGUGCCUGCACCUGCGGUGUCUACACCUGGAGUGCCUGCACCUGCGGUGUCUACACCUGGAGUGCCUGCACCUGGAGUGCCUGCACCUGGAGUGCCUGCACCUGGAGUGCCUACACCUGGAGUGCCUGCACCUGGAGUGCCUACACCUGGAGUGCCUGCACCUGGAGUGCCUGCACCUGGAGUGCCUGCACCUGGAGUGCCUACACCUGGAGUGUCUGCACCUGGAGUGUUUGCACCUGGAGUGUCUACACCUGGAGUGUCUGCACCUGGAGUGUCUACACCUGGAGUGUCUGCACCUGGAGUGCCUACACCUGGAGUGUCUGCACCUUGA